AUGAUGUUUUGGUUGGCAAAUAUUUGGUGUGCCGUUUGUGUUUUGGUUGGAUGUUCGGCGAGUGGUAUGGUUUUGGACCUUGCUUCUGAUGUUUUACCUGAGGGGGUUGAGGCCUUCUAUGGAACCUUCUCGAAAGGCGGCGUAUACAGAUUUAUACGCGGCGUGGAGGAUCUCAUUACGGAAAUAAGAUACGGCGAUGAGCAGAUUUAUUUCGUCACGGGACUUAUGGGUGCGGUUGUCUACUCUCACGUGGAGGAUUUUCAUCGUGGUCACGAGCGAUACUUGAAAUACUACUCUGGUAGGGUAUCAUCGACAGGUGGCGUAGUAUUUCGCGGCCUUAUACUCCAAUAUAUUGAGCAUGACACUCAUGUGAAAAAUGUUUGCUUUUUAAAAAAUUUCAUUGGCGGCCGCAUUUUGCUUUUAGCUGAUAUAACACCAGGCAAAGCACUCCAUCCUUCGGUAUCUGUGCAGAAAGAUAUGCAUGAGGUUCAUAGAAGUGCCUUUAAAGUAAUGAGUCUCAUGGAUCUAAGUUGUGGCGGUAAAUUCGUAAACCGUGGUGUCAAAUACAAAUUUGGCGAGAUUUCGCUUUCACAAAUUCAUGAUUUAUCACUGGGACACCGAGCUGUAUUUCCUAGACAAUGUAAUGAAUAUCAUACCUUCAUGCUACAUCAUUUUUAUCAUAUUUACAUGGAUGACAGUAUCGAAAUUAAGGUAGACACCAUAUUCAUUGACGUAAUGAAUAAAUUUUCUAAGUUCAGUGUAUCAUCACACUCGAGCACAUUUGUGUCGUGUGAAGGGCUACGUAGUAUUAAUGUGAGCUCAGAUUGGGUUUCUCAGCUAGCAUUGUUAUCAAACACCAUCCUAGAAAAACGAGCCACUGAUACAAGUGCAGCAUAUCUGUCCACGCGCCAUAUUUACGUACUUAUACCAUCAAAACUGGACUAUGCACCACGUUUUGAAGAAUAUGCAACAUACAGGGCGUCAGACAAUAGCGUGAUAUACGACAUGGACUUUCUAAUUAAUAACUUUGAGGCUCAAAGCCAGGGUAAACCGCGAGUAACCAUCCAUAUGACAAUGGCUAUCGCUGUUAUAGGUUCAGACAGAUCCCGCGUAGAACUGUGCGGCGCAAGUGAAGCUGCUCAGGUUCCCCCGGAAGGUCACGAUCCAGCCACUGCCUCUACCAUAACCCCCGUCGACGACGCAACGGAUUACUUUGAUUUGGAGGACACCGACACACGAGAACCGCCAGAGUACGAGAGUGAAGAGGACCUACUGGACUUAUCAGAUAUAGAGAUAUAUGAUAAAGAUUGUGUUGGAGACGACUCUUUCAACGAAUUCCAGGCGAUGAUGAACGACAUUCUACCUCCCACACUAGGCCCUGAAGCAUCGACCGUAGCGGAUGGCAUUCCAGAUAUGGAUUAUAGCGCGUUCGGAGAUUCAAGCGUUGAAGGUGACGCAUCAGAGGCGCCCAUAUUCUCUACGGAAAUGAACGAGGGAUUAUACUCGCCAGGCAUGAUAUACGACGAAACCUAUCCAGACGACGAGACCUACGCGGAGGACGCAACCAUGGAGGAGAACGGAAGCGGGAGUGGGCAACAAUUAGACCUGUCCGAUAUUCUCAUUUAUGAUGACGAGGAAGAUGUGUCGUCAGGCGAGUUCCGGUCGUUGAUUAGCGACCUCACCCCUACGUUUGACCAACUUGCACUGCCGGUUGACCAUACGUUUGCGGAAAUGGAGGGUAACGCGUUCCGGGGCUGA